AUGCCGUUAAAAUGGAAAAGCGGUUCUCCUGUCAGCUGGAAAUUCCCGGUACCCGUUCUUAAGACAUCCAGGUCCUCACCCCUUUCACCUGCCUACAUCCACCGACAGUCCUUUGUGGUUUGGACGGCCCGCUCCCUGCCGGCUGCCUGGCCGACUUACCACCUGACGGGAUCCCUCGUGGAGGACGACGACGCUCACAUGAAAGUGGCUCUGGGCUAUGGUGACAUGGGCAUAUCGGCUCACCUUCAGGCAUCAAAGACUGGAAACACACGGUUCUUCACAAGCAACACGCACAGCUCAGUGGUUCUUCAGGGAUUCGACCAGCUGAGGAUAGAGGGUUUACUAUGCGACGUCACGCUGGUGGCCGGGGACGGCGAUGAAGCGUUCCCCGUCCACCGCGCCAUGAUGGCCUCCUCGUCCGACUAUUUCAAAGCCAUGUUCACAGGUGGAAUGAAAGAACAGGAUUUAAUGUGCAUCAAGCUUCAUGGAGUUAACCGAAUAGGCCUGAAGAAGAUCAUUGACUUUAUCUACACGGCCAAGUUGUCACUCAACAUGGAGAAUCUGCAAGACACACUUGAGGCGGCCAGCUUCUUACAGAUCCUCCCUGUGCUGGACUUCUGCAAGGUUUUUCUUAUAUCUGGGGUUUCUCUCGACAACUGCGUCGAGGUGGGGCGCAUCGCCAACGCGUACAACCUCACGGAGGUGGACAAAUACGUCAACAACUUCAUCCUGAAGAACUUCCCCUCGCUGCUGGGCACGGGGGAGUUCGUCAAGCUGCCGUUCGAGCGCUUGGCCUUCGUGCUGUCCAGCAACAGCUUGAAACACUGCACGGAGCUGGACCUGUUCAAGGCCGCGUGCCGCUGGCUGCGCUACGAAGACAGCCGCAUGGACUACGCCUCCAAGCUCAUGAAGAACAUCCGCUUCCCCCUCAUGAGCCCGCAGGAGCUCAUCAACCACGUGCAGACGGUGGACUUCAUGCGCACGGACAACACCUGCGUCAACCUCCUCCUGGAGGCCAGCAACUACCAAAUGAUGCCCUACAUGCAGCCGGUCAUGCAGUCGGAGCGCACGGCCAUUCGCUCGGACAGCGCCCACCUGGUCACGCUGGGCGGCGUCCUGCGCCAGCAGCUGGUGGUGAGCAAGGAGCUGCGUCUCUUCGACGAGAAGGCCCACGAGUGGAAGGCGCUGGCGCCGAUGGACGCGCCCCGCUACCAGCACGGCAUCGCGGUCAUCGGCAACUUCCUCUACGUGGUGGGCGGCCAGAGCAACUACGACACCAAAGGCAAGACGGCGGUGGACACGGUGUUCCGGUACGACCCGCGCUACAACAAGUGGAUGCAGGUGGCAUGCCUUAACGAGAAGCGCACCUUCUUCCACCUGAGCGCGCUCAAGGGACACCUCUACGCCGUCGGCGGGCGGAACGCGGCGGGCGAACUCGCUACUGUGGAGUGCUACAACCCAAGGACAAAUGAAUGGACAUAUGUUGCCAAAAUGAAUGAACCACAUUAUGGCCACGCCGGGACGGUGUACGGCGGUUAUAUGUAUAUUUCAGGGGGAAUCACUCACGACACUUUUCAGAAGGAGCUGAUGUGCUUCGACCCGGACGCGGACAAAUGGACUCAGAAAGCACCCAUGACGACGGUGCGCGGCCUCCACUGCAUGUGCACGGUGGGCGACCGCCUCUACGUGAUCGGGGGCAACCACUUCCGGGGCACCAGCGACUACGACGACGUGCUGAGCUGCGAGUACUACUCGCCCGCCCUGGACCUGUGGACACCUAUCGCGGCCAUGCUGCGCGGCCAGAGCGACGUGGGCGUGGCGGUGUUUGAGAACAAGAUCUAUGUGGUGGGCGGCUACUCGUGGAACAAUCGCUGCAUGGUGGAAAUAGUACAGAAGUACGACCCCGAGAAGGACGAAUGGCACAAAGUGUUUGACCUCCCGGAGUCGCUGGGCGGGAUCCGAGCCUGCACACUCACAGUUUUCCCCCCCGAGGACAUCUCCUGCUCGCCCUCCAGAGAGUCGCCCCUCUCGGCACCUUGAUGGAUAAAUGAGGGGGGCGGGGGAGAGGGGUGGCGCUCUUUUGCUUUAGUAACCCCCCCCCUCACCCCUCUAACCCACCCGAGCCCUUCAACAAACACUCCCUUAUGGACAUCGUUUGCACUUCCUCUUUGGACUACGUCCGUACCGCACCCCUGCGUAUCUCCAGGUCCACGUCCCCUGAAGCUGUGCAGAAACCCCCCCCAAAGUGAUUAAACACAUGUACCGGCAGCCUAAUUACUCGUUAAUGUUGCAAACUCGGUAUAUACCUUGGCAGGAAAUAUCUCGACUCGAAAAGUGACUUUGCAAUUUAACUUUUCUACCCGAUGUCUUUCAGAGUUUUCUUACGUCUCGUUUCUCAAAGCACUCUACUAUUUUUUUUUUUUUUUUUUUUGUUGUUAAAACGUUGACCAUCGCACUGACUCUCCCCUCGUCUAUGCCGGGUCGGAUGCAGGGGACUCCAGGAAGCAGCAGCGUGCGGACAAUUGAGCACCAAAACACAGCCGGUUUUUAACUCCGGGGUUUGGCCCCGUCUACGUUGCUCUCUGACGGUUUCAGUUCUUUCCUGCUAUUGCUAUGAAACUGUCAACAAAAUGGUGUUUUUUAAAUUUAAUAAACAUGGUUUUGAAAGUAAUCGAAAA